AUGUCGCGAACUCUCCAUGCAUCGGCCACCUCUCUUCUUCAUCAUUUACUGGGUGAUGAUGAUGAGGAGCAGGAUGGAAGUGAUGAAUACGAAAAUGAUGAAGAAUUUUACCAGAGUAAUGAAGAGGAAGAUCGUGAACAAGAGGAAGAUUUUGAUGAUGAUCAGGAGGAUGAUGAACCUCACUUGGAAGGGCAGGAUCGUCUAGAAGAGAGUCGAGUGGAUUUAUUAGUGAAUCCGUUAGCCUCUUCUUCCUCUUCUGCUCAAAAACAUCAUCAACGUCCUUUAAAACAAUUUUUGAAACAACAAAAGAAGAACAAAGAUCAUUCUCCUCAAGUCAUUCCCAUGACCGAUCCGAAAGAGAUUGAACAAUUCUAUGAACAAUUGAAAAUCAUUAAGAAACACCAUGAGAAUGAGGAUAAUGAUGGACAUCAAUGUUCUCUUCAUCACCUCUCUUUGCAAAGUCCACUCUCUCAAACCGCAACUUCCAACAAGUGUUCCAUUUCUCUCUUUAAUGAACAUGCAAAUACUUUGAAAGUUUACAAACAUUCCAUAUCAAAAAGGUAUGACCAAAUUCGUGAACGUGCCUUGAAUGAACAUCCCAUUCAGGUCCGAGUAAAAGAUCAUCUCAAGAAGAUUUGUCCAGAUUACAAACAACUGAAAUAUCAAGUGGAUCGAGUUGAAAUGAAACAAUUGAAUGUUUCCAAAUUGUUGGGUUAUGCCACCUGUUAUAUUCCAAAACUGCAUUCCAUUUUCAUUCAUGGAGGUACUAAUCAAAGUAAUAAUGCUCAAUGUCGAGAUGUCUUUGUUUAUAAUAUUCAUCAGAAUAGUUUUCAUGUCUUGGAGUUUUUGAACCGUAAUCUUGAGCGCUAUUAUUAUUAUUCUCGACAAGGAAUGACUAAACAUUUUAUGGUACCUGUGGCUCAAAGUGAUUGCAUUCUUGUGUUUGGAGGUGGAGCGGUGAGCGUGUUGACAUUUAAGAAAGUUCUUUCAUUAUCUUCUCAGAGAAAUUCAAGUGGCAAUAGUGGAGGCAUGAAUUCAGUGAGUGGUAGCAACAACACCAUCAAUGCAUUUCAUGAAGUGAUUCGUCAUCUCAAAUGGGGUGUCAAACAUUACGAUCCCUACUCUCAGAAAUUUACCUAUUAUCAGACGAGCAUUCCAUUCCUUAAUCAUGAAUUAUUUAACUUUUCAGAAUAUUACAAUUUUCAACAUGUACUCGAUCCCUCCACACUCACUCUGUAUUUAUUUGGAGGCAAGUUCCAGCGUUCAAAUCAUCGAGAAGUCGAUGAAAGUCACCUCAUUUUCAAAAUUGAAAUUAUUUCUCAAAAUAAUCCUCUUGUGAUUGGUCACAACCAUUUUUCUGUUGCCUUUCAGUUGAGUGUUCUCAUUCCAUCACACAAAUUUCAAAGUUAUUCAUCAAAGAUUACCUCCAACCAAACCUCAUUUCGUUCCAAUUCAUUAAUUUGUAUGAAAUGCAGUGGUGACGAUGACAAUGAUCGAUCCUCACUACUAACUGGAACCAUUCCAGUUACAAGUAUCACCAUUGCAUCACUUCUUUCCCAUCGUAAACACAUGAGUACAUGUUUUGUCCCAACCACUCAUGAAAUUUACUUUUAUGGAGGUAUUGAACAAAAUCAAUGGAGAAAUGAAAUGUAUUACUUCAAUACUCAUUCGAAUCGAUGGAGUAUGAUUGAUAUGAAUUAUUCUUAUUUGGAUAUUGAAUCACUAAUAUCUUCUACAACGACCACCUCAUUGAAUGCAAUGACUACUAUGGUGAAUCAAAAAAUCCCUCAACUCACACCGAAUCCCAAACGGGUCAUUCCUACCAUGACUCUCAAUUAUGAUUCCAAAAGCAUGCUUUUAUUUGAUCGCAUUGAUGGAAGUAUUUAUUGUUAUUCCUUGUCACAGUCCAGCUCUGGUCGACAGUCGGCAUGGAAUGUCAUUCAUCCAUUGGGCAUUCAAAGUCAUGCAGAUUACAUGAAUGUGAAUCGAAUAUUACCCACUCAGAAUAUUGUUGCUCCACCUUAUCAGACCAUCCCUCAAUCAUAUUAUCAAGUAUUGAGAGUUGGUGAAAAGUUGUACAUUUUAAAUACCACGACUAACAUUAGCGAGAGCAAUGCAAGCGGUGAUAUGGGUAGUAAUAUGAGUGGGUCGUAUUCAUGUAAACAUUUCUUCCCUAUCCAAAUUCUAACAAACCCUAUCGUGAAUACGAAUGACACGAAUAUAUUGAGUCACAUCUCAUUGAUUUAUCGCUCUCAAGAAUAUGCCGACGUGAAAUUUGUUGUGAAAAAGUAUAAGAAGAAUAAUGCCAAUAUCGCUGAAAACAAUGGUCAUGACGAAUAUGAAUAUUUUACAGGACACAAGUCCAUCAUUUCAUGUCGGUGUCCAUAUUUGAAAGAAUUAAUUCAACAAUCCGAUUACUAUGAAGAAGAAAAUGAUUCAAGCAAGAGAGGAUAUUACAAUCAGAGCAGUAAUACUCGAAUGCUCAUUGUUAAAAUUCAUGAUACGACCUCAGAUCUAUUUAAGGCAAUAUUAGAUUUUAUAUAUUUGGGAGAAUUACAUUUACAUGAAGAUGACACGACAACACAACAUGAUGCCGUCUCUGUUGACAUUGGGAAGGAAAAUGAACAAUUUACAAUUGUAAAUCGAUUUCUUUCCAUUUGUAAGAAAUGGAAUUUUAAGAGUGAAUUCUUUGAGAGUUUAUGUCGAUUUGAUCAAUCUCUUCAUUUGGAUGUCUACACAAAAAUUAUUUCAGAUUUUGAAAGGGACAUUGUUAGUAUGGUGAAUAAUCAUGAAGCAUUUGCAGAUGUGAAAAUUAUUUUAGAAGAUGAAGAUUAUAUCGAAGGAGAAGAGAUGCAAUUCACAGAAAACUCGAAGGACAGUCAUACGUUUUCACAUCAACAAGCUGAUGUUGUGACACAAAAUGAUACGGAAGAAGGUACAAUGGAAGGCAUAGAGAGUGACCACAAUUUACUACUACCUCCGCAUUCGUGUCAUUACGAAAUGGUCCAAGUUCACAAGUGCAUGAUUAUUCGUUUGCCAUUCUUUGCUAAAAUGUUUGAACAUGGAUUUAGUGAAUCCUUAACCAAUACGAUUCGAUUCAAAUCCAAUGUUCUCGAUAAGAAUGCAUUGAUACAAGUGCUGCAUUAUAUUUAUACCGAUCGAUCGACAGAGAUUACUCCUGCAAACUGCAUAGGUAUUUUGGUGUAUUCUCAAAUGUUUGGCCUCUCGCAGCUAGCAUCUAAUUGCAGAAAUAUGAUUCGUGCCAACUUGACACCUCAUAAUUGCAGUGCUAUUUUAGAGAUUGCACAAAUGUACAAGGACCAAGCUCUGGAAAGAGAGGUCAUUGAAUACAUUUCCAAGAAUACAGAAGCAAGCGAAUUGGUUUUGCAAGCAGACAGCUGCCUGAGCACUGAAUCGAAACUCGCCAUUAAGAAGAAGAAAAAGUAG